AUGUCUAUCUUAUUUUUAUUAAUUAUCUUUUGUUAUUUACCAUUAAUUUAUUCAAAACCAUUAUCUUUUGAAGAAAAAAAACUUAUGGAUCAAAUGGCUAACUUUAAAUUUGAUUCAAUAUUAAACAAUAUUAAAACUUCAAACUGUGCUGAUGAAUGUUUCUUAUCAACAUCUAAAAUAUCAGUAAAAACAAUGACAGAAGCAUUAUUUUCCAAUGUAAAAAAUACUCAUGAAAUAUGUAAAAAUUCUAUUCCAUUUGAAAGAUGUUUAAAAAAAAAGAAAUGUCAGAAUGAUUUGAUGACAGAUACUUAUAUACUUACAUACAAAUUUGCCUGUCAAAAAUAUGGUAAAGAUAACACCUAUGUUUAUGAAACUUUUGAAAAAUUAAAGUGCCUUCAAAAUGAUGCUAAAAAAUUACUUGUUAAAUGUAGUAAUAAUUGUAGUGUUCAAAGUACUUUUAAAAAAAUUACCAAUUUAGAUGAUGAUGUUAAUAUGAUUGAUGUUGUAAAUGAAGGAGAUGAAAAGAUUUUAUCUUUACCAGAUUUUUCUCCUAUUUGCCAAUCUUCUACCUGCUUUUUAUCAUGUGUCGGAAAUAAUAUGAAUAAAGAAUGUGAGAUAGAAAAAUCAAGCUCAUUAAUUAGUGCACUUAGUAGUCUUUUUAAAUUAGAAGAUAGCACUUUAUAUGAAGGAGAGAUAAAAGAUAUUAAGUCAUAUUUUGAAUAUGUCAUACAAACACAAUGUCAAAAUUUGGGCACUUCAAAUGAUACUAUUAAGAUUGAGAAGACAAGACAUUUGCCUUCAUCUGUUGGAAAAGUUAAAACAGUUCCAGUAUCAUUUACAUCAAAACAUGAGGAAUGUGGAGGUUGUGAAAAAGAUAGAUUUGAAUAUAUGUAUAAAAAAAAUUCAACAAAAAUGUUGUCAUCUAUCGUGUCACAAAUUAGGUCAUCUUUAGAUAUGAUAUUUCAUAAUUAA